AUGAAGUCUGCAGCAAUCGAUUUGUCCCGACACAUUUCGUUACAAAUUGGAGCUCUCAAACUGUUCGAAAUAUGGUUUUACAUACCGCACAACAUGAAGGAUGUCCGAUUUUGGGUCUGUAUUUGGACGAGAAUAGUUUUGGGCAUUGCCGUGUUUGUUAUACCGACGGGCAGCCAACUUAUUUAUGCAGUGCGCCUGAUAAUGUCAGGGAACGCUGAAAUACAGGAGGUGGCCGGAAUCAUUAACUUAGUAUUGACCGAACUGCUGGUCUCCCUGAGGCUCUUAGAUUUGAGUUUGCGUCGUCAUCUGCUUUCACAACUCGCUGAACAGCUGAAGGGCGAAGAAUUCCAGUUUCAUUCGCCAGCACAGAAGAGAAUAUUAGAAAAAGCUGUGGAAUCUUCUAGACGAUUGUUUUGGAUAUUGCUCUGUAGCUGUAGUUCUGAUGUGCUUGUACACGUCGUGGUGGUGCCGGCUUUGCAUAAUUUCCAAACUCUACCUCUAAAGAUGGAUCUUGUGUACCUAGACGUUGAUAAAGAAUCGUAUUUCAAUUAUUUAUGUGCUUAUCAGAGUAUGCACGUCUCAACGGUAAUAUUUUCUUGUCCCUGGAUUGAGUUACCAACAACUGUAAAGAAGAAUCUGGUUAUCUUCAUAGCAAAGACUCAGAGACCGCUUGUCAUAACUGCGGCGAAGCUCGUCCCUGUGUCCCUGGAGACCUUUACCAAGCUUGUUUCAACUUUACCCAACCUUUGA